ACGUCAGUAGCAGUGCCACAUCAGCAGUGCCAUGACAAACGGUGACUCGUCAGCAGUACCACGUCAGUAGCAGUGCCACGUCAGCAGUGCCACGACAACAGUGCCACGUCAGUAGCAGAGCCACGUCAGCAGUACCGCGUCAUCAACACCGUACAGCUAACUGCAGCUUAUGCUCCGACGCAGCAACCGCAUCGCAGCACGAGAAGGGCGGGCAGCCGCAGCAGAACAGCAGCUACCUCUGCCCCACCCCUCUGAAACGGACACCCAGGGCAACCCCACGGUGGACAAUGCCGCAUCCGGCAGUCCACGUGAGGCGUGCAGCUCGAACCCCCUGGCCCCACAGGCCCAUCAGGAGGGUUCCACUGCGACUUCUGUGGGAACCCUCGACGCUGCACCAAUCCGGCAGCAAGGAGAGACCAUGACGGCCUUCCUGGCCCGCCUGGGCACCUAUAUGCAGCAAGUCCAAGAGGAGCAGCAACGCGAGGCGGCAGCCGAAGCAGCACGCCUUAAUGCCAUUGCACGCACAGAAGAGCAAUGGCGCCGGCAGCAAGCUGACGCAGCUGCCAACCACAACAAAGCUCGAAGAGAUGCCGCAUCUGUCCUCAUGCAGCAAGAAGCCGCUCAUACCGCCGCACUCAAAGCAUGGAAUGUUGAUCCGGCGGCGACGACGGAACCAACUACGGAGGAACAGACCAAGUCAGCCCUCGCCAACAUGAUGUACCAAGUCAUCCUCACUUGUAAUUGGCAACAAGUGGAGCUGGCUCGGCAGGCACAUACCAUUGCUGAGUAUGAGGAGACUCUCAAGAGCCUCCAUGCCCGCCUUGACAUGCUGGAGAAGGAUGACGUGCUGCACAGGCACACGGCAUCAUCAAGCAUUGAUCCAUCGAUCCGCGAGCUGGAAGGACGACUGGAUCACCUAGUCGCGCUUGUCGGCAAUUUGAACAGUUUCCGACACUCGACGACCAUCAGCCAGCAAAGAAGACGUUCGUCCACGACAAAGCUCGGGAAACUGAGCUUCGCGGGAAGUGAGGCGACUCCACUUCCUGCUCCGCCGGACACGGUUGCCUUGCUAACAACCUCCUCCACCUCCGGGGAACAUGCGUAUGUCGCCAGUCUUCGCAAAGAUUAUGAAGACUAUGUUGUCCAACUGGUCCCGUCGUUGGACCAACUUCUCCACGUGCAAGACUCAUUUGCGUGUGCGACUUCAUCACCAUCGCCAAGUGAACCAGCAUCCUCGCCAACAUCACUCGGGGACUCAUCGGUGUGGUCUAGCCUUGAGGAACUCGACCCAUUGACACUGGAGGACUUCCAAUGGUUGCCUCUUCCCCCAUCUGGUUCCUUGCCGAAGCCGCAUUGCAACGCCCUAAUGGUGGAGCUACGCAACUACUUGCACACUGCAGUACCAGCUCCGUUGAUGGAAGACGGAGUAGCGGUUGUUGACCUUCGCGAGUACAUUGCGAAGAUCGACCGCGAGUACGCCACGCAACGGUACGACGACACCGACGCACCGUUACUCUAUGUCUGCAUUCAGAUCGGGAAGGUGACCUGCAGCGCCUUGAUUGAUGGUGGAGCUACUCGCAACUAUGUCAGCCAGGAUUUCAUGACCCGCGCCGGCCUUGGGCCGCGCGUUCGAAGGAAAUCGCAGCCCACGCAAGUCACGUUGGCCGACGGUCGUACGCACAAGUCCAUCGACCAGUGCAUUGACUCAGUCCCCGUGUACUUCGCCCCGCUUGCACGCGAGGCCGUGUCCUUUGACAUAUUGGACACGAUCUUGGGCAUGUCAUGGAUGCGGAGCAAGGACCACUCGGUGAACUUCUACCGUCGCACCGUUCACGUUCGUGACCGGAACGGGGUACUUGUGCCAUGUACGGUCCCCCCACCUCAUCCUUCGAUUGGUUGUCACGUGGUCUCCGCGGCAAGCAUUCGCAACUCCAUCGCACGGAACGACGUGGGGGAAAUGGGCAUUUGUUUCUUGCACGCCCUCCCUCCUCCUGACAAGCCAGCGGCGGAACAGCCACCGGAUCCACGCAUUGUACAGCUUCUUGACUCCUAUGGCGGCGUCUUUGAAGCCCCCGCCGAAAUCGUACUGAAUCGGCCAAUUCGUCACGAGAUCAUCUUUGAAGACAGGGCCGUACCUCCGCGUCGAUGUAUUUACCGCAUGAGCGAGGAGAACCUCAUUGACAAGGGUUGGAUUCGCCCUAGGUGCUCGCCCUACGGUGCACCUGUUCUCUUCGUUCGGAAGAAGAACAAGGAGUUGCGCUUAUGCAUUGACUAUCGCAAGCUUAAUGCUCAAAACCAUUAAGAAUGUCGGCCCGCUUCCAUGCAUCGACGAUCUUCUCGAACGC